AUGGCUGGCUUUGAAGGUGGGCAAGAUUUUGAGGGCAGCACGCUCGGAUGGUAUCUGCCACCAGAGAGAGUUGAGGGCAUGAUGCGAGAAUGCCUUGCUCACGACGGCCGCACUCUUGAGGGUCUGCUUUACUUGUGCAACAUCGGGCAGAGUGGGCCAAUGACUCGUGUCAGAAUGGAGACGGCAGAAAAUCUCUUCGAGAAUGUCGUUACAUUCGAAGAUGCGUCAUCACGCGGUGCCAAACGUCGUCGGUCCAUCACUCCCCCGCCAGGCUCGUCGCCCGUAGGACGACCCGGUCUAGCGCGACGCGACUCCGACUCUUCUCUCCCGCCCUCCUCUCCUCUCGCUCCGUUUUCUGACACGGAUGAUAGCUUGGACGAGCGUGACGCAGUAAGAGACGUAGACGAUGCAGAGGACGACGAGGGCGAGGACCUCUUUAACGAAAAUCUGGACGACGAUUAUGCAACGAACGAGUUACUCGACAGAUACUCGGACUCGGGUCUCAACGACGAGGAAGAUUUUGAGGGCCUGUCUGCGGCGGCGAGGCGCGCUGCAGAGGCACAGAUGGCGAGGCGAGAUCGCCAAGAGCAGAGUGGACGUCGGGGAGGGAGAGCAGCACGGAGGUCACGCAUGCCUAACUUCCUGCAGAGCGACGAUGUGGAGGACGACGACGACGACCGCGGUCUGCUAGCUGGGACCAAAAGGCGAACCAGGAGGCAGUACGAUGAAAGGAAAGAGAUGGACGAUAUGGAUGGCGUCGAAGACGAGAUACCCAUCGAACAACUAAGCGACAUCAAGGCCAAGUCCAUCGUGGAGUGGAUUGCCAACGAACGCGUCCGUCGCUCGAUCAUCCGCCACUUCCGCCAAUUCCUGAUGACAUACGUUGACGAACACGGUGCUUCAGUUUAUGGCCAGCGGAUUCGGAAUCUGGGUGAAAACAACUCGGAGUCUCUUGAAGUAUCCUAUCUGCACCUUGCAUUAUCUAAACCCAUAUUGGCGUAUUUUCUAACGAAUUCGCCCAGUGCCAUGCUCUCGAUCUUUGACGAAGUCGCUCUCAACGCCAUCCUUGUUUACUAUCCAUCUUAUGAGCGCAUUCACUCCGAGGUGCACGUCCGAAUCACGGAUCUCCCCCUUAGCUCUUCACUCCGUGAUCUUCGUCGAUCAAAUUUGAACAAUCUUGUUCGAGUAUCUGGUGUCGUGACCCGGCGAACGGGCGUCUUCCCACAAUUGAAGUACGUGAAAUUUGAUUGUAGGAAGUGCGGGGCAGUCCUUGGGCCAUUCUACCAGGACGCUACGAAGGAGGUCCGGGUCAGCUACUGUCCUAGCUGCGAGGGAAAAGGGCCGUUUACGGUGAACUCAGAGCAGACCGUAUAUCGCAAUUACCAGAAAAUGACCUUGCAAGAAUCGCCGGGUUCGGUGCCCCCAGGUCGUCUACCUAGGCACCGUGAAGUCAUCCUGCUAUGGGAUCUGAUUGACUCUGCCAAGCCAGGCGAGGAGAUUGAAGUGACGGGUAUAUACCGCAAUAAUUUCGACGCAUCGCUCAACUCGAAGAACGGCUUCCCUGUGUUUUCGACGAUCAUCGAGGCGAAUCACAUCAACAAGAAAGAGGACCAGUUCGCCGCGUUCCGUCUGACUGAGGAAGACGAGCGGGAGAUUCGCGCACUCGCGCGAGACGACAGAAUCCGGAAGCGCAUCGUCAAGUCGAUUGCGCCGUCCAUAUAUGGACACGAGGAUAUCAAAACGGCGCUCGCAUUGUCCCUCUUUGGUGGUGUUCCGAAGGAUAUUAACCGCAAGCAUCGUAUCCGCGGCGAUAUCAACGUGCUGCUCCUCGGUGACCCCGGGACGGCAAAGUCCCAGUUCCUGAAGUACGUGGAGAAGACCGCACACCGAUCGGUGUUUGCGACGGGGCAGGGUGCGUCUGCGGUUGGCCUGACGGCGAGCGUGCGCAAGGACCCGGUGACGCGCGAGUGGACGCUUGAGGGCGGGGCGCUGGUGCUCGCGGACAAGGGGACGUGUCUUAUCGACGAGUUUGACAAAAUGAACGACGCCGACCGGACCUCGAUCCACGAGGCGAUGGAGCAGCAGUCGAUCUCGAUCUCCAAGGCGGGGAUUGUGACGACCCUGCAGGCACGCUGCGCCAUCGUCGCCGCGGCGAACCCGAUCCGCGGGCGGUACAACCCGACGAUUCCGUUCCAGCAGAAUGUUGAGCUCACGGAGCCGAUCUUGUCGCGGUUCGACGUGCUGUGCGUGGUGAAGGACACGGUGGACCCCGUCCAGGACGAACUGCUCGCCCGCUUCGUGGUAGGCAGCCAUCUCAGGAGCCAUCCAAAGUUUGAUCAUGAGCGGGACGAGAUCCAGGUGGCGACGUCGCUGGACGCUGACAUUAUCUCGCAAGACCUCCUUCGCAAGUAUAUCAUGUAUGCACGGGAGAAGAUUCGCCCGAAGCUGUAUGAUCUCGACCAGGAGAAGCUUUCGCGGCUCUUCGCGGACCUGCGGCGCGAGUCUCUGGCCACGGGCUCGUACCCGAUCACGGUGCGUCAUUUGGAGAGCAUGAUCCGCAUGUCGGAGGCGAGCGCGAAGAUGGCGCUGCGGGAGUACGUCCGCGCGGACGACAUCGACCUCGCGAUCUCGGUCACUGUGGGCAGCUUUGUCAGUGCGCAGAAGAUGUCCAUCAAGAAGACGCUCGAGCGGGGCUUCCGCAAGUACCUCACGCAGGCGCGCGACCACGAAGAGCUGCUGGCGUUCCUCCUGGGCCACAUCGUGAAGGAGAAGGCGCGGUUUUAUCAGCUGCAGCGCCACCAGCAGCCGGAGGCCAUCUCCGUCAAGGUUGCCGAGCUUGAUGAGCGCGCGAAAGAGCACGAUAUCUUUGAUACGACGCCGUUUUUGCGCUCGAAGCUCUUUGCCGCGAAUGGGUACAAGUUGAGAGACGAUGUGAUUGAGAAGAGUUUCCUCCAUGCGGGGUAG